UGUACCUGGGUUCUGCAAAUAAUAACAAGGCAUCAACAGCACUUGGUUUCUUCAUGAGCUCAGUUGAAAAGUUUGGCUUUCCAUUAAGAGUUAGAGGAGACCAAGGGGUCGAAAAUGUCGGCAUUGCUCAAUGCAUGUUCACUGUUCGUGGCUGUGGCAGAGCAAGCUACAUGUCGGGAAAAAGUGUGCAUAAUCAAAGGGUGGAGCGCUUAUGGCGUGACGUGUGGAUGGCAGUAACAAGGGUAUAUUAUGAGUUACUUCAUGGUCUUGAAGAGGAGUGCCUGCUUGAUCCCUCCAACAGCCUUCAGCUAUUCUGUGCCCAGUACAUAUUUGUACCACGCCUCCAAAUGGACCUCGACACUUUUACAGCCGGGUGGGAUAACCAUCCUCUGCGAACGGAACAAAACCUGACUCCCAAUCAACUUUGGACCAUUGGAUUGCUCCAGUAUCCUGUGGCUGCUCCAGAGAAUCUAGAGGAUUUGCAAGAUCACUUCUUGGAUUUCAACCCUGACAGACAAGAAGCUGCCGCCGCUGCUGCUGCUAGUGGAGUAGUUCUACCACCCAUCCAGUGCCCUCUGGGGCCACAGGCUAUGGCUGGACUGAGGGAAGCCAUCAAUCCUAUCAGUCCCUCCCAGGACAAUGGAAAAGACAUUUACAAGGCUGCGCUUGACUAUGUAACACAUCAUUCAAACUUGGCAGGAUAACAUGCAGUCUGUAAUAUAAAUGUUCAAUGUUUUUUGUGACUUAAAUGUUUUAUCUGAAAUUAUUGUGGGGACGGUGUUGGAUAUGUUUUACUAUGCAGUAUAUAAACAACUCAGUCUGCCAUGGUAAAGAUAUCUAGUUUUAUUCUGCCGUUACUUGUUUUAAACAACCAAAUGAACCUCCCACAACUUUCAACAGUUUUUAUUUGUUAAACAUAAAUCUAGUGUAUGUAGAUAUUUCUAAUCUGGCGUCUUAAAUAGCAUUAGACAGAUCAACUCAACUCAACAUGCUAUGUUUGAU